AUGACGAGAGGCGAGAUUCUACACUUGCACAUCGGGCAAGCUGGUACACAGCUUGGAAACAGUGCCUGGGAGCUCUACCUCCUCGAGCACGGCCUCAGCAAAGACGGGCGGCCCGACCCCGCCGCAAAAGCCAUCCACGAAUCCGGCGAACUCGAUACCGUCUUCACCGAAACAGGAAAUGGCAAAUACGUCCCCCGCUCCAUCUUUGUCGACUUGGAUCCCAGCCCUAUCGAUGAGAUCCGCACGGGCGACUACAGACAGCUGUUUCAUCCCGAGUUGUUGAUUAGUGGAAAGGAGGACGCGGCGAAUAAUUAUGCGAGAGGGCAUUACACGAUUGGGAAGGAAUUGCUCGAGGGGACUUUGGAUAAGAUUCGGAGGGUUUUGGACAAUUGCUCCUCCCUUCAAGGCUUCCUAAUCUUCCACUCCUUCGGGGGCGGAACCGGCUCAGGCCUCGGCUCCCUCCUCCUCGAACGUCUCUCCACCGACUACGGCAAGAAAUGCAAACUCGAAUUCGCCGUCUACCCUGCCCCGCGCGUCUCAACCGCGGUCGUAGAACCCUACAACGCCGUCCUCUCCACGCACUCCACCAUCGAGAACAGCGACUGCACCUUCCUCGUCGACAACGAAGCCGUCUACGACAUCUGCCGCCGCAACCUGAACAUCGAGCGCCCCUCCUUCGAGCACCUGAACCGGCUGAUCGCGCAGGUGGUGAGCAGUAUUACGAGUUCGUUGAGGUUUGAUGGAGCGUUGAAUGUCGAUUUGAAUGAGUUCCAGACGAAUCUGGUGCCGUAUCCUAGGAUCCACUAUCCGUUGAUCAGUUAUGCGCCGGUUAUUAGUGCGGAGAGGAGUAGUCAUGAGAGUUUCAAGACGCAGGAGUUGACGCUGCAAUGUUUCGAACCCAACAACCAAAUGGUAGUCUGCGACCCCCGCAACGGAAAAUACAUGGCCGUCGCCCUCCUCUACCGCGGCGACGUCGUCCCCCGCGACUGCAACGCCGCCAUCGCCUCCCUCAAAGCCAAAACCUCCUUCAACCUCGUCGAGUGGUGUCCCACCGGCUUCAAGCUCGGCAUCAACUACCAGAAGCCCGUCUCCGUGCCCUCCACUUGCCCCAACGACGGGGCCCUCGCCUCAGUUGAUAGGAGUGUCAGUAUGUUGAGCAAUACGACGGCUAUUGCCGAGGCGUGGUCCCGUCUGGAUCAUAAGUUUGAUUUGAUGUAUAGUAAGAGGGCGUUUGUGCAUUGGUAUGUGGGCGAGGGCAUGGAGGAGGGCGAGUUUAGUGAGGCGAGGGAGGAUUUGGCGGCAUUGGAGAAGGAUUAUGAGGAGGUGGCGGCGGAUAGCUUUGAGCCUGGGGAGGAGGGGGAGGAGUACUAG